AUCAUCUAUGAAAUAUGAAUACGAUGGCUUGAAACUUGAAAUGUUGUGAUUUCGGAGACCUGUAUGAAAACGUUUUCCUCUACUUGCUCUGUGUGUUUUAUCGGCAUAUUAAUGUGAUACAGAUUGUUAAUAACGUUUAAAAAAGACACACUAAUUGGAAAUUUAUUCUGUAGAAAAAUUGUAUAGAAAAAUUAUUAAAAUCUCGUAAUAAUUAUAAAAUUCUUUACCUAAAACAGAAUUUAUCUAUAUGAUUUAGCUUUACUUAAAUUAUAAAUUCGAGUAAGAAAUUGUCCUUCAGUAAUUGUGAUCUAAAAUGGAUUUCAAGAUGCACGAGUAUACUCAUGCUAUAAUCAGCAAAGUAACGAACACAAUUCGGAAAGUAGAUGGAGCCGAUUUUAAGGACUCACGGCGCCAACACGAUUGCUAUGUCAGGCUAUUGAGUGAACUUAAUUUAGAAAUUGUUGAAGUGGACACGGGUUCUUCGUUCCCGGAAAAUGUAGUACUUGAAGAUCUGGCCUUAGUAUGCCACGGAAUAGCGUUAUUGUCGAAACAGAAGCCCGAAGAUGGACAUGCAGUGAAAGCAUUAAAACAAGUAUUGGAAAAAGAUCUUGGCCAGACUGUGAUUGAAGUUACUGAUCCUGAUGCUAAGCUUAUGGGAUCAGAUGUCUUAUUUACAGGACAAGAAUUCUUUGUGGGUAUCUGUGAAACAACCAAUGAAGCUGGUGCGAUAGCGGUGGCUGAAGCUUUUCCAGAAUUUCCAUGCACACCCAUCAAAGUAGCCAAAGGGUCGCAGCAUUUAAAGAAGUACAUAACAGUGGCUGGGCCGGAUGUCCUUUGUGUAGCUGCGAGUAAGGAGGCGAAGGAGUUGCUGAAAAGGAUGGAGAGAGAGGCAACUUUCUCUUAUCAGACGCUCACCGUGCCGGAAGAUGAAGCAGCCAAUUGUUUAUAUGCGAAUGGCACUCUGAUUCAUAGAGCCAUUGAAGAGAUACCGCAGUCGUUUAAGGUGUUUUGUGAAAAAAUCGAUUUCGCGAGACGAUCGAUUUGCUUCUCCGAGUUGUCGAAGAUUUCGUCUGGACUCAGCGCUUGCUGCCUUCUGGUCAGGAAGCCGUAGGAGCCCCCACUCGGUUUGAGAUGUUUCUGACAUUUUUAUGUAGAUUGAUUUUUCUUAAUAACUGAGCGUCAUAUACAAAUACAGUUACGAUACAGUACGAUAUUUCUAGAUUAAAUGCAGUUUUUACAGUAUGAAGAUAAUGACAGAAGAAAACUUACUAAUGUGACAAUAUGAUGCAUUCCAAGAAAAAAGUUUGGUAUACAAUAACUUAACAAAGUAAUUCUAAAAACUUACUUUAUAAUAAAUAGUUUCCUUCCUCGUUUUUUUUUUCAAUUCUUGAUAUGUGGAGUAAAAAAUCUUAAUAAGAGAAAUCAGUCGACACGAAAAUUAAUAAGAGAGCGUGCAAUACGAUAAGGCUAAUAUGUUAUUGUGUUCAGAUGUUAUCUUACAAUUUGUGACAUAGAAAUAUAUUCCAUGAUAUUAUUACAUAAAUGUAACGGAGAAAUUGUGGAGGAGAUAAUAUUUAUUGUUAGUGUCGUAACAAAAAUCUAAUCAUCGCUGAAUUUUUUGAAAUAUUUCGGAAGGACUUAAAUAGAAUAUGCUCGAUAUUCUGAUUUUCAAAGACAUGGCUUUUGCUAUUCAGAAAUUGAUUAAAAUAGAAACUACGUAAAAUUGUCCUGUCAGUAGAUAAUAUUGGCAUUUUCACAUAUAUUGUAAUAUAAUAUGUCUACUAGAUAUAUAAAAAUUUGGUUCAGUUUAUUUAUAUUAUUGUACGCCUUUAAUACUAAUCUGAUCUUGCGAUAUUGUGUCGUAGAUGUGAAUUCCAAUCACUUCAUACUUCCAUGCAUUUAUGUGAAAAGACAAAACGAAAGACUUCUUUAUAUUUUCUUUA